ACACACAUACAGUGACACUACACACAUGAAAAAUGAAAAAAAAAAAAAAAGACAAGAAAAUGAACAGCAUGCAAUCAGUAAGUGGCGCUGUCACAGGCCACCCAGAGCUUCAUGGGAAUUACAGGGAGCUCAACACUGACUCAGAUGAAAAGCAGCAACCCAGGCUAUGUAAGCACUACAGGCAUACUACAUACGCGUUAGAUUGAGGUCCGUCUUACUUAGGGUUUUAUAUUGCUGUGAAGAGACACAAUGACCACAGCAGCUCUUAAGUGGGGCUUGCUUACAAUCGGGAGGUUGAGCCCAUUAUCAUUAUGUUGGGAGGUGUAGCAGCCUAGAGAGGUAACUGAGAAUCCUACAUCUGGACCCAAGGCAGCAGGGAGACAGACUAAGCCUUGCUUGAGCUUCUAAAGCCUACAAGCCCACCCCCUGUGACACAUUUCCUCCCACAAAGCCACACAUAACUCCUGCUCAGGCCACUUCCCCAGUAAUGGUGAAGGGGGUGAUUUUUAUUCAAAGCACCACAAGGUGUGACAUUAUUUAAAACCUAAGAACCAGCCAGGUCUUUUACUGAGACUUGCCAACAUGGACCUCGUUCGCACCAAGAAUGUGAAGAAGGCGGCCCGGGUCAUCAUCAAGAAGUACUACACUCACCUGGGCAAUGACUUCCACACCAAUAAGCACGUAUGUGAGGAGAUCGCCAUCAUUCCCAGCAAGAAACUUCAGAACAAGAUAGUCGGCUAUGUCACACAUCUGAUGAAGUGGAUUCAGAGAAGUCCUGUGAGAGGUAUCUCUAUCACGGUGCAGGAAGAAGAGAGAGAAAGGAGAGAUAAUUAUGUUCCUAAGGUCUCAGCCCUAGAUCAGGAGAUCAUUGAGACAGAUCCUGACACCAAGGAAAUGCUGAAGUUUCUGGACUUUGGUCAUCUCUAACCUUCAGGUCACUCAGCCUACAGUUGGGAUGAAUUUCAAAACACCACGUGGAGUUGUUUAAUCUGUUAUGCCAUACUUUCAAUAAACCUGAAAAAAAAAAAAAAA